AAGCACAGCGUCACCACUGUAUUUGGAGCAAACACGCCCAUUGUUUCCUGUAAUUUUGACAGAGUCUACAUCUACCACCUGCGCUGUUACAUUUAUCAAGCCAGGAACCUCAUGGCUUUGGACAAAGACAGCUUUUCAGAUCCAUACGCUCAUGUCUCCUUCCUCCAUCGAAGCAAAACCACUGAGAUCAUCCACUCCACCCUACAUCCCACCUGGGACCAAACCAUUAUAUUUGAUGAGGUUGAAAUCUUUGGGGAGCCCCAAACAGUUCUCCAGAACCCACCCAAAGUUAUCAUAGAACUUUUUGAUAACGACCAAGUGGGCAAAGAUGAAUUUUUAGGUCGAAGCAUUUGCUCUCCACUGGUGUAACUGACAUCACACCGAAGCUUCUCUGGCAUCCCGUUAUGAAUGGAGACAAGGCCUGUGGAAACAUCCUGGUCACGGCAGAGCUGAUUCUGAGGAACAAGGAUGGCUCCAACCUUCCCAUCCUCCCCUCUCAGAGAGCACCAAACUUGUACAUGGUCCCUCAGGGGAUCAGACCUGUGGUUCAGCUCACUGCCAUUGAGGUAUGUGUUCUCUCCUAGUUCUACUUGACCAAACCAAAGGGUGUGGCUAAGAGCAAGGGCCAUUAAUGUAGGGCAUGCAUCAUGCUGAGUGCUUUCUUGCUGUUUCUAACUUCCUAUAAAAUCUGCUCCUUCCCCCCCA